GGAUACUCUAGAAUCGAUUUUCCAAGCUUCCAACUUUGUGCACCAUUUUGGCUUCUCAUUAGUCACAGACACUUUGCAACUGGAUUGGGCUUUGCAGAAAACAGAAGCAGACGAACAAGCUUUAGGGCUUCAUCCGUCUCAGUUCAUCAGGGCUCAGAUUCAAGAUAGAACUGACCAAGAACUCUUCCACCUGCUAUGCGUUUUCUGUAAUUGGCUUAUGGCUUGCGUUCGGGGUUGGUUAAUUAAUUGUUUAUGUGUCUGUUCAAUUUCAGUUUAUUCCCGUGAAGAAUAUGAAGGCAGGCUAAACAAUAUUCCAACAAUCUGAGCCGCUUCUUAUUCAAAGGGAAUACAAAUUGUAAUCUUCUCAUCAGUUGUCAGGAUUUUCAAUUUAUCUAAAUUCAGGCUUUCAUGAGAGAGAGAGAGAGAGAAAAAAAAAAAAAAGUCCCGGCAGCAUCGCACGGGUUUAAGCACUAGUAAGGAAGACUAAGCCAAACGGUACCGGUUUGCAAUUUAACUAGGGACCCACAACAGGUGUUGGCUAUUAUCAUCUUCCACAACGCAAAAAGCCACAGACUUUAGCGAACCCAUUUCAAUAUUUUGCAGAGGUUUUACGGAAAGAGGUGGGCUUGACUCGUUAAAGGUCGAGCAUUUCUACUAGUGGAAGAAAGAGUGGUGCUUGGUCAUUGAUGCUUGUAAAACUAGGAGUGAAUUCUGGGUUUGGUGCAAAGAGUUGUAUUUGUAUGCUGGCUUCUUCAGCUGUGUUGAGAAGGCAACAGUUGGUGAUAAGGUGUCUUGGAGGUUACAGUGAUCAUAACAUUAACACUAAUCAGAAACCAAUGCAAGGAGUUAGGUUCAGUAGUGGAGCUUCUUUGGAGGCUGAUGCUGAGAAUGUUCUGAGAGCAAUCACACCGACCCUUGAUCCAAAUAGACACAAGGGUCAGGCUGGAAAGAUAGCUGUUAUUGGUGGGUGCCGUGAGUACACUGGUGCUCCAUAUUUUGCUGCUAUCUCAGCAUUAAAAAUUGGUGCGGAUCUGUCCCAUGUUUUCUGUACAAGAGAUGCUGCUUCAGUUAUAAAAAGCUACAGUCCUGAGUUGAUCGUACACCCAAUUUUAGAAGAGUCAUACAGUGUUAGGGAUGAGGACAAGAGCUUUAUCUUAGAAAAGGUUCUUGGUGAAGUUGAUAAGUGGAUGGAAAGAUUCGAUUGUCUUGUAAUUGGUCCAGGCCUUGGAAGGGACCCAUUUCUUCUGGAUUGUGUUAGCAAAAUCAUAAAGCAUGCAAGACAGUCCAAUGUUCCAAUUGUCAUAGAUGGGGAUGGACUCUUUCUUAUUACAAACUGUCUUGAUCUUGUAAGUGGAUAUCACUUGGCUGUCCUGACUCCAAAUGUAAAUGAAUACAAGCGACUUGUACAAAAAGUUUUGAGUUGUGAAGUAAAUGAUGAAGAUGCACGUGAGCAAUUACUAUCUCUUGCAAAAAGGAUUGGUGGUGUCACUAUACUUAGGAAAGGAAAAGCUGACCUCAUUAGUGAUGGUGAGACAGUUGAAUCAGUGAGCAUAUAUGGUUCUCCUCGAAGAUGUGGUGGACAGGGAGAUAUACUUUCUGGAAGCGUUGCUGUAUUUCUUUCAUGGGCCCGUCAAAUUGUCACAGAUGAGAAUCUGAGUAUCAGUUCCCGAAACCCCACAAUGUUAGGUUGCAUUGCUGGCUCCACUUUAAUGAGGAAGGCUGCAUCCCUCGCUUUUGAGAAUAAGAAAAGGUCAACUCUUACUACUGACAUCAUAGAAUGCUUGGGAAGAAGUUUGCAGGAUAUUUGUCCAGUUCCCUGAUGCUGUUUUAAUCUUCUGCUGAUAGAGUUGCAUGUACUGACAUUCAGAGACCCUCAAUUUCACUCGCUUCGGUUGACCAGAAUCACAUUUCCUUGGUUUCCUUCACACCCUUUCCAAACUUAAAACUCUUUUUUUUUUUUUUUCCUCUUUUUCUCGUUUUUGGUGAAAACAACUUCUCUUGUAUAUAGACUGUUUUGCUUAUUAUGACAUUAUCAGGAUGAAUAUUUCAUUGGCCUCUAAAUCUCUGCGAAGGAAAUGAUGUUAGCCAUAAGCCUCUGUUAUCACGAUCAUGAAGCAUGUAUAUCAACUAGUAUACAGAUUUCUGUGAUAUAGUAUAUCUUCUAAUAGUGAAACUGCUCAAGUAA